ACCACAUUUGCUGCUUUUAGUGUGGCCCGUGUCUCCAAUGUGUUUUGUCACGCUUUAAGCGCUGCCCUCGGUAACAUUUGUACAGAUCGUCCCAACAACAUAACUACAUACAGCAACAACAACUUCAAGAGCAGCAGCAGCAACGAGCAAAUAAAUCAAGCAAUCAAGAGCAGCUACAAAGUUUAAGCAACAUUCAUCAAAGUUUUAAGUUACAAAAUGCACUCAAUUUGCCUGCUGCUAGUCAUCUGCCUCGCCGCCUGCGGCCAAGCGAUACGCGUGGACUGGGGCACCAACACUGGACCCAUAGUGCCGCCAACGCCGCGCACCACGCCCGCACCGCCACGUGAGCCUUAUCGCGCGCCUGCGCCCGUCUGGGAGGACCAAAGCAACGACAUUCACAAUCCCAACCCCUAUGUCUAUGUGCUGCCGCCGCCUUCACGUCCACGCACUUGGAUCAUACCCGCUGGCCCCUAUGCGCCGACCAACUACAACAAUCAGCCACCCAAGCGCAACUACGGCGCUCUGGUCAAUGGGUCAGCGGCAGCGCCAGCGGGCAACGUGCUGACAGUGCCCGUGGCAGCCCUCGCUGCGCAAUAUGUGCCAGGAGUGGGCAUCAAGUACACCGCCAUCGUGCCCAGCAAGCAGCAGGGCAAAUAUAAUGCCAAGACCAAGAAGUACAAGGCCUACGAGAAGGCCAAGUAUGCGCCUUGGAACUAUUUGCAGCUGCUGCCGCUCGAGGAGCAGGCGCUGCUUUGGCAGGCGGACGACAGCAGCCCAAGCAGCACGACUUUGGCGCCAAGCAGCAGCAGCAGCACCAGUCCCACCACCACCACAACAACCACUACAACAACAACAACAACAACGACAACAUCAGCAACAGCAACAAACUCAACAACACAGCUGCCCACCGAUGCCAGCUCAACGAUUGCCAAUUAUAAGCUGGCACAUGAGAAGAGCGCCUAUCUGAAGAAGAAGAAGCUAAGCAAGCUGCUGGCCAAAAUGAAAUUGCAGGCCCAAAACUCGUUGGCCAAGUCCAGUUGAGCGGCCAUCGAUGGCUUUCAACUCUGAACUGAUGCACAACUAAACAACAUCAACAACAGCAGUUUUUUUAUUAACAAAAAAAAUACCAAGCUAAUAUUGCAUUGCGAAAUUUACUUUUAAGACUUGCGCCCCAAAAUUUUGUAAAUACAAGUACA